AUGCUGGGCUACAGAGGCGCGAUGUGUAGCCGGCAGCACACCCAGGCGUGUCUCAACACGUCCCUGUCCAUACGACAGGAGAUACAGAGAUUUGAAAGUGUGCAUCCUUCUAUCUACGCUCUUUACGACCUUGUGGAGUUGGUACCUGAUCCAUUGCUGGCCCAGCAGAUAAGGGAUCACGUCGUGGCUAUAGAAGGUCGGUACCAGUAG